CACGCUGCUGGCAUUUCUGCAGCCUUGGCUUCUUGGUUUUGAAUGUUGAUCGUUUCGUCUACUUGAGUAAGACAUGCCCUCCACCCGCAAACCCCCUUUCUCAUAGCAACCAAUAUAAUCUGUCGCUGCGAAACCAAAACUCGGUGAGAUGGCUGGAGUUGGAUGUCUCACUUCUCCUUGCUGGCCUAGUCGAGGACAAAGUGGAAAACAAUAUACACGGCCUGCGCAAGUCUUUGCUUCCCCGCAGGAGCAGCCGCGAAACGCGCUGUCGCAAGCAAACAACCCAGCUUCAUGAGGACAUUGAAACUCAGCGAACCAACGUUAUACACAGCCAUUUAUAUUCACAUCUUUUGCAUACAAGUCGGUUGAGCUUCGAAUCUGCGCAGUUCUUGGCUCGAUCUUCAUCCGACCAUAACCUUCUGGGAUACUAACGCCAGCCAGAAUGGAUCCUUUUAGGUACCGUAAAGCUUAUGAAGCAAUGCUGCAUACAACCCAGCUCAUUGAGGAUCGAUUGAGACAAGAAUUUGAUCCUGAGGAAGAAGCGACAGCUCAAAAUGAUGUACCGAAAGCUGCUUUUCUGGGACCAGACCCGGAUAGCAUGGAUUGGACACCCACAGAGUCAGUCACUCCACCUCCGGAAUGUGGACCGCCACCAGCUCUGUCGAAGAAACUGCGACACCUUCUCCCUGGCGGCGGUGACGGCGAUCUCCAAGCUGAAGACACGGGCGAAAACGCGGUGCUCCUUCACAAAAUGAAAGAGGGCAAGGUCAUGGACGAAUGUAUUGACAAGCUAGUCAAUGAUCUACCCGAUGUCUUGAGUUACCAAAAAUCGGUAUCUUUUACUCCUUCGACAAUCGAGGUACCCAAGGACUUUGGCCUACAGCUAAGUAUUUCAAUCAACCACCAUCUUGCUCAGAUAGCCGAUCGGAAAGCGUUAGAGAAGUACCGGAGGCUUCUAGGCCAUCGUAAGGAAAACUCGAAGAAGAAAGCGGUGAAGCUUGGGUUUGAUCCAGUUGAUCUGAUCAAGAAGCAAGCCGUGGCUUUUGGGGAGAACGGACCUGCACCGGUGUGCACGCUUGACAACGACAUCCACUCAAUCUUUCGUUUGGAGAACUGGCAUGGCUGUCCAGAUGGGAUUUAUGAGGUGAUGAAACCAGCUUUACAGCUUGCCACGUUGCUGGUAACCUCUCGGGCAACAGCUCACUUUUGGCAUACGCUCGUUCUUGGGAAGCGGGAGCGCUGCCAAGAAACUUCAGCAAUGUAUGGCCAGCCAUGCUUUCGUAUCAAGGAAAAUGUAACAUGGUCUGAAGAGCGCGAAACAACAUUCAGAAGCUUCCUGGACAACCAAAUCGACACGUUGCACUUCUACUUCCAUCACGACCCUCUACCGCCAGAGACUGCAUACGCGUCAAUGGGGUUGGUAAAAGACUAUAAGAAUGGUUUGAUGCGAAAGAUCAACCACAAGUGUCAUACCAGCCGGAUCUGCUUGCAUUCAGACUUUUACACUACCGCAAAAAAGCUCAGUCUGCUACGAUAUCGCGAGCCGGCCAUGGUAUUACGAUACAAUAUGUUUUUGGCUACAUGUCUGGCACAUGAAGUAGCUCAUUUUUGCGAGGUUUCUGGACCGCAUCACGACCACCCUCUGCUUUCUGAGCCAGAAGUUUUCUUCGGCGACAACAUGUGGACAGAAAGUGGAAUCUCCUUUGAACUGAAAACUUUUGGCGGUCGCAUACAUCCUUUAUCCAGUCGGAUCGAUUGUAAAUUCGGACUGGCUUGCCUUGACUAUCCACUCAAAGAGCUCUAUGAUAAGGACGACAAUGUCUUGUACGCUUUACCAAUGGAGUACAUUCUCAAGCUCCAACAAAAGGAGACUUGGGAACAAGACUUCAGCAAGACUGGCGAUGAUGUUUUCUUCGUUCCUCGCACCGGUGGCAGAUCAAUAGAGAUUAACGGCACCAAUCUCAUGAUUUGGGAAGAUGAGAAUGAUGCAGAUAUUUCAGAUCACAUCGAUAAUGAAGAUACAGAAUGGAUGCGCAUGGAUGAUGGCUCCAUCGCAAGGAAUCCGAAAGCUAACAAUCGCAAACCAGAGCGUCAGCCCGUGGUACCACGAUGGAAUCCGUACAGUAAUCAAAAACGGAAGAAUGUUGUUGAAGUAAACGCACCUUGCGUUUCCAAGGAGGUAGUUGAGAUUAAAGACGAGGAAGAGAAGGUACCUACAGGAUUAGAAGUUCCGGAAGAUGUAGAAGGCGGCAAAGGCGGCUCGGACCAGGACAUGAUUUAAAUUCAGGCUUUCCAUCCUGCUGGAGAACACUGGGGUAAAACGAACAAAAGGGAGGAAUCAUUGCAUUCAUAAUCAUCAGUUGGAUACCAUUGCAUCUACGGGGGGCGCUGUUGUCUUAAACCUUGAACUAUUAUCAGCUCUC